ACUGUGGCGAAGUUGGCUAAGGGAGCUGGGCCUGGCAGAUCAGUUGGUAAACAAGGUGGAUUCAGCAUAGAGCCAGUGCAGUAUGCAGAGUGGGCAGCGCCCAUUGUCCCAGUCAGGAAGCCAGACGGGUCAAUUCGAAUAUGUGGGGAUUAUAAACUCACAGUAAAUCGAGCAUCGCAGCUGGAUCAGUAUCCAAUCCCUAGAGUGGAGGACCUGUUUGCACAGCUGAAUGGGGAACAACACUUCACCAAAUUAGACAUGAGUCAUGCCUAUCAGCAGGUGGUCCUGGAGGAAGAAUCUAGGAAGUAUGUCACUGUCAACACACACAAAGGCCUGUUUACCUACACCCGCUUACCAUUUGGGGUAGCCUCAAGUCCUGGGAUUUUCCAAAGAACCAUGGAGGGUAUCCUGGGUGACAUCCCAAACGUGGCCAUCUACUUAGAUGACAUUCUGAUCUCAGGACACAAUGAAAAAAAACACCUGGAACAUCUAGAGGAGGUACUCCGUAGAUUGGAGAACAGUGGUCUCAGGCUAAAAAGAAGCAAGUGUGAGUUCAUGGGGAAAGAGGUGGCGUUUCUUGGACAUAAAAUAAAUGCCGGCGGGUUGCGUCCGCUGACAGACAAGAUGGAGGCUAUAGCUGGAGCCCCUCAACCACAAAAUGUCAGUGAGUUGAAAGCUUACCAGGUUUUUCUCUGAGGGGAGGGAAUGUUGUAAGUUCAGAGAAAAGCCUACCUGCACUCCUCCACUAGGGGGAGGUAACGCUGGGGUGAAGGGGAUAAGACACAGGGUUAGAGAAACAAUACCAGAGAAGAAGUGAUGCCCGUGGCUAUGCUAUGUCGGUGUGCAGUGGAUAAUAAACAAGCGUUUAAGCAAACCAUCGUGUGGUUGUGAGGAUAUACACAUGGUAGAUACACCUACCAUGCCACGAUAUCACGUCGGCGCAUUUCACUAUUGGAACAGCUAUUCCAACAGCUCCGAGGAUCCUUCCUUUGAGCCUGAAGAGGACGAAAAAGAGCCAGACCGAGAAGACAGCAGAGACGACAAGGACUACGACUCAGUGGGUGAUGCUUCUGCAGAUUCGUCAUCCUUGGACGAAGAAGAAGAGGGACAAGACCACGGCUGCACCACCACCCCCCCCGGACUCGUGGAAGGAGACGCCUUCCAAUCAAGAAACAGGAAAAUUACAUUGUCAUCGAGGGCGUACGGC